AUGCAGAAAUCUAUCAUCGCCCUCUUCGCAUUUGUUUCCAGUGCCAUGGCAGUUCAGUACAGUAUUGCUGUUGGUGGCAGCGGACUUACAUUUGUUCGUGAUGCCUUGACUGCUCAAGUUGGCGAUACGGUUAAAUUUGUUUUCAACGGCAACCAUAGCGUCGCACAAAGCACCUACGACAAGCCAUGUGUUCCUUCUGACCAUGCUCCAGUCUUCUCAGGUGUUAUUGAGGGUCCAUCUCCUGACAGUACUGAUGCCGUUAACCCUACCUGGACUCUGGAUCUCAAGAACAACGGUACCUUGUGGCUUUACAGCUCGGUUGCCGAUGACUGCCAGAAGAGUAUGUCCGCGAUGAUCAUCGUCGGCAAUAACCCCGAUCCCGACCAAACCCUCACCAAGUACCAAGCCGCCGCAGCCCUCGUUUCCGCCUCCGUUGCUCCUGAUACUGUCGAAGGCGGAACCCUCGGAACAACCGCUGGACCAUCCGACGGUGGUUCCUCUGCCAGCUCCUCUGCCAGCUCCUCUGGUAUUGUCACCGUUGUUUCUGGCAGCACCACAUCUACCACAACUGCCUUAUCUACAACCGUCACAAGCAAGGCAUCAACAGUCACCGCCACCAAAUCGGGCGCCGAAAGCGGUCAUGCUUCAGCUACUAGCACUAGCACUCCUGUUACUGCCACAGGUGCUGCGGGCAAACAAGCUCAGAUCCCAAUUGCUUUUGGCUUAGCAGGUAUUGCGGGUGGUUUGGCUGCUUUGAUGGCUUAG